UGUCAGGUGGGUCAUCUGAUCCAACAGGCAGCAGGCAGCAGUAACCUGAAGAAAGUCACAUUAGAACUGGGAGGAAAGAGUCCAAAUAUCAUUCUGUCUGAUGCCAACUUGGAAAAUGCUGUGGAGCAGUCCCACAUUGGCCUGUUUUUCAAUCAAGGCCAGUGUUGCUGUGCUGGCUCUCGAGUUUUCGUCCAAUCAGAUGUCUACGAUGAGUUUGUGGAGCGCAGUGUGGCACGUGCUGAAAGAAGAGUGGUGGGAGACCCGUUUGACUUCAAGACUGAGCAGGGCCCUCAGGUAGAUCAGGAGCAGUUCAACAAGAUUCUGGGCUACAUCAGCAGUGGGAAGAGAGAAGGUGCCAAGCUGAUGUGUGGAGGAGGAGUGGCUGCAGAUAGAGGCUACUUCAUCCAGCCUACAGUGUUUGGAGAUGUCCAGGACAACAUGAUCAUUGCCAGGGAGGAGAUUUUUGGUCCAGUGAUGCAGAUAUUUAAAUUUAAAACACUGGAGGAGGUUAUAACCAGAGCCAACGACACCAAAUAUGGACUUGCAGCUUCAGUUUUCACAACUGACAUUGACAAAGCGAACUAUGUGUCCAGUGGGCUUCGGGCUGGCACAGUCUGGAUAAACUGUUACAACGUGUUUGCUUCCCAGGCUCCAUUUGGAGGUUACAAAGCCUCAGGAAAUGGCAGAGAGUUGGGAGAGUAUGGACUGGAAGCCUACACAGAAGUUAAAACGGUGACAAUCAAGGUGCCACAGAAGACUUCUUAAACAUUAUCCUGGAAACCUGAGGCAUGCUGAGAGGAAAUGUUCAACUGUGAUUUUUGAACUGCUUUGGAUUAUUCUGCUUUCUAAUAAAUAUUUGCACAGCAAUGAAAUAAAAACAGUACAAUGGA